UGUUGAGUAAAUGUACCGUCACAUGAUCAGAGAGUACGUAAUUAUAUAAAAUUAUGAACCCCUUGGCCACUUUUGCCUUCUAAUUAUCUCUAGUUUAAUAUUUGACUCUACUCCAUGAUCCAAGGCUGAUAAUCUAGUAUCAUGGCCAAGAAGUUCAAGUCUAUCUCGUCACUACUCGAUGAGCUCGACAAGCUCCUGUACGAAUGUCGCUGGAAGGAGAUCGAAGCAAUUCUUAAAAAGACGAAAAAGAAAGUUACAAUUCCCAAUGCAUUUAACUGUUUUCUUGGAGGACUGGAACUCGUCGAGAAUCACUUACUUGGACCAGAAGCACUUACUCAAGAACAGAACACAAGUGUCAGCUCUGUACAUCCCGACACAGCUCUGCUAGAAGCUGAGUCUAAGCUGAAACAGUGUAUAAGCCUCUGCCAACCAGGCCACGAUGCCUCCCUCCAGCAACUAGCCAAGAUCAAACUGGGGCAACUGCUCUGUCUUAGAGGUGACUAUGAAGAGGCUCUGGUUGCCCUGUUACAAGAGGUUCAAAAUACAGUCGAUUUGUCGCUGCUUCACAACUGCAAAGUACUACUCGAAGGCCACCUGUAUGUUGCUCUGUGUAAAGAAGAAAUAGCGAAAGGAAAUGCUGAUCAAUACACGAUCCUCCAAGCAAUCAGUGCUUACGAAGAAGCUGUUCGCAUCUCUCUCAAUUUGAUGCUCAAAGCCAAAUCUGUCACCGGUGUUACCAUUCUUCACCACCCUGCUGCCCUGAAGGCACUCUCUGUGUCCAUAGAACGAGCCCCUCUCCUUGCCAUGCAGAUGAAUGCACGAAACCGAGCUAUUGACAUUUACCGACAAGUCUUGCAGUUCACAGACGAAUCUCUCGAGGACAUCCGACUCCUGUGUGCCACCAGCCUCGCCUCACUGCUCGUAUUCCACACAUCUCCGUCUUCUUUUGUUGCUCCGACUGUCAGCUCUCACACAUCCUCCUUCACACCCUCAAACCACCAAGAAGAGAUGAUGCUUGUCUCGUUUCUUGCCAAAUCACUGACAGAUUCGUGGACAGUACGCAAGAUCGAUCCUAUUCCAACUCCGUCCGUUAUCUUCGACCUCGUCCUACUAGCCCUUCAUGAUGUGAAACUCCACGGGAAUUUAAUUCAGGUCAUGGAAGACGGAAUGCGAUUUGCCUGUGAUAUGCCCCAUCUAUGGCUUCAAUUUGCCCUCACUUUGGUUUCCUGUGGUCAGGACAUGCAAGCAAUGGCCGUCUUCCAUGAAUGUAUUAGUCUAUCUCCGAGUGACCCCCUGGUGCUUUGUACAGCUGCCAAAUUUGCGGUGGAAAAAGCCGACAACCCUCAACUGGGUAUAAAAUGGGCAAGUCAAGCUAAAGAAGUUGCAAGUGGUCAUUUUCUCGAGCCAAGGAGCGAAUUUCUUCUGGGACAAGGCUACACUGCUCUUUCUGACAGGGAAUUAUCGUCAAGAAAACGUGGGGAACUACACAAGCAGAGUUUGGUGCAUUUGAAACGUGCAUGUGAACUGGAUUCACAGAAUGUCGAUUUUUCGUUUCACCUUGCCUUAGGAUUGGCCGAAUCUAGAGAUCUUGCAUCUGCAAAUACUGAGCUCCAUCGGUCGUUGAAACUGAACACGGGUCAUACUAGUUGUCUACACCUCCUGGCUCUGAUACUCUCUGCUCAGAAGAAGUUUGUGGAAGCUCUCAAGGUGUGUGAUUUUGCUCUGCAGAAACAACCUGAGAAUUUCGGACUCCUUGAAUGUAAGACCAAACUAGAAAUGAUUGCCGUCAACACUCACCAAGCUCUCAAAACUUGCAAGCAUGCUCUUCAGAUAUGGCAAAAACUGUUCUCCCAAGACACGUCAGGACUGAUUGGAAUAGUGACUCAAGACCAGCACUCGCUUUUCGAAACACCCCUUGCCCCUUUCGAAAGAACCUCUCCCAACGAUUAUAACCCUGACCUUGCCUCCGAUGCUGGCUCGUCUCACUUCAGUACAGUGGACACUCCUAUCAACCAACAAAACUUAUUGCAAGCAAGAAUCUGGUGUACAAUAGCUGAGGUGUAUGUAAGUGCGGGCAAGAUCAAAGACGCCUCAUCUUGUGUACGAGAAGCCCAGUAUCUGGCCCCUCAUUUAUCGUCGGUUUUGGUAACUCACGGUCGAAUUCUUGAAAUUGAAAAACAGCCACAGCAGUCACUAGACCAGUACCGCAAUGCUCUCUCUCUUCAACCUAACAACUCGAUAACUCUCACUCUAAUCGGUCAACUGUUACAUCACCUAGGAGACCAUGCCGAAGCUGAAAAGUACCUUCGAGAAGCCACUACAAUUGAUCAACUCAAUCACGAGGCCUGGUAUUGGCUUGGAAAAGUAUUUGCCACUCAAAAGGAAAGUGACAAGAGUGCGAACUGUUUUAAGACUGCUCUCGAGUUUGAGAACACUUCACCAAUCCAACCAUUUUCUGCUGUACUAUCUUCUUUUGUGCCUGCUACGUAGUGUUAACAUUGUGUGACUAGUAAAGACUCUCUAUAGGUUUUUUUGUAGAUUGUGCAGGUAAAAUUAAUGUGAAUAUUUAUUGGACCAUUAUUUAAAUGUGUGGCAAAAUCGUG